UAGCAGCCCGAAGGCGGGGAUGGGGAGGGGAGUCUCUCGUGAAAACGCGACGAAGCAGUGAACAUGGAAAUGCUGUGGACUUUUGAUGUUCUCGGGUUUGUGUGAAAUGGGAUUCUGUCUUAGGUCGAUCCUCUUGUUUUGGAGAAAAACCCCUUGGUGCGGGAAUGGCUGACUUCCAGUCCGUACUUCAUGCUGGUCCAUGUUGAGGGUAACAGUGGAGGUGCUGUCUGGCGGUCCCAGAAAUUUCCUGCUCGCAAAGAAUAUGAGGUUGUGGUACAUCACCGUGCUAGCACUAGUCAGCAUGAUGUUGUGUUUCUUGCUCCAUCCAUCAGUGUGCUGCAACAAGGCUCUGUGUGCUAGUGAUGUCAGUAAAUGCCUAAUACAGGAGCUCUGUCAAUGCCGACCAGGUGAAGGAAACUGUUCCUGUUGUAAGGAGUGCAUGCUUUGUCUAGGCACGCUUUGGGAUGAAUGCUGUGACUGUGUUGGGAUGUGCAACCCUCGCAAUUACAGUGACACACCUCCAACUUCCAAAAGUACUGUUGAAGAACUGCAUGAGCCAAUCCCUUCCCUCUUUCGGGCGCUCACAGAAGGUGACACUCAGCUGAACUGGAACAUUGUUUCCUUCCCUGUUACAGAAGAAUUAUCACAUCAUGAAAACUUAGUCUCAUUUUUAGAAUCAGUGAACCAUCCCCAACAUCAAAAUGUCUCUAUUCCAAACAACAAUGUCCACAUACCAUACUCCAAUGACAAAGAACGCAUGUGUACAGUGGUUUACUUUGAUGAUUGCAUGUCAGUACAUCAGUGUAAGAUCUCUUGCGAAUCUAUGGGUGCAUCAAAAUACCGAUGGUUUCAUAAUGCCUGCUGCGAGUGUAUUGGACCAGAGUGUAUCGACUAUGGCAGUAAAACUGUAAGAUGCAUGAACUGCAUGUUUUGAAGUGGAAAAGUUGACUCAUAAUAGGGACACUAAAGUUAUUUUUAGUAAAACAUUGAACUUGGUAGUAUUGUUUGAUAAUGUAAUAGAUACAAUGCAAACAGUGUGACUAGAGAAGAUGUAUACAGUUUUAAACAUUUAAUCCCCCCCCUAUAAAUCAUAUAAACAGUAUUAUUUAGUAAAUGUUUAAACUUGUUCUUGAUCGGACAGUCUUAUGUUGGUAUGUACAGACUGUUUUUCUUUGAUCUGACUAACUCAUUUGCAUAUUGUUACAUCAUGUUGAUUGGAGGAUCAUGAAGCAUCAAAGAAAUUGCAACCGGGUCUUAAAUGAAUUUCUCUCAUUAGUUUGGCUUGUCAUAUGUUUCAAAAUGUUCAGAUUUGGACUGAUAUGUAUUGCUACAGACCUCUUGGAUUAUUGUUAUGAAAUGUGUUAAAACAACUUCACAACUAAAGAAACCAUCUCCAGAUACUGCUCUUGAUUGCAAGGAGGAAAGAAAACUGAUACUACAUUUGGUGUCAAGAUUUCUCCUCUCUUUAUUAAUUUCUUCUCUGUAUCAUAGCAAAUUAUGUUUAAGUGUAAUUAUGUUCACUUUGCAGCAUCCUUUUUUUCUUGUUUUUCAUUCAAGGCCUCAGUGAGGCUAUUAUAAAGCAAGAAGAGAGCAUGCAUUUAUUGGGAAUUAAAGUGUGGGUCAUAGUGAAUUUAGAUGCUACUGAUGUGUAAGAAGCAAAAAUAGGUUUGGAUGAAAUCAGUUGUAUCAAACACUCUUUUUAAAAAUAUCUGUAAAAUAGCUCAUUAUGUUUUCUAUAAUUUAUGUACUCGAUUUCAUAUCGGUCCACCUCACCCCAGACUCUUAAAUCUCUACAUAAACUUCUAUGUAAAGUUUAUGUUCAACUAUACUGUGUAUAAUUUAAUAUUCUUCCUGACACAGUGAAGCCAAUCUGUACAUAAAAACAGGCUUUCACAUACAGAUUGCCUGUUUAGAUGUGUUCCGAGGACACAAAAUACUAUUGCCUGGAUAAUGAUACCUAAUGUUCACAGGUAUAUGUAUGGCUUACUAAAUAAAUGGUUGGGUGUCAGGCUGACAAUCCCAAUCAUAAGACUGGGGGAGGACAUUACUACUACUACUACUACUACUACUAUGAAAAAGUAAUGGGUGUCAAAGCUGACCGUACCAACCACCUGUUUAGCAAAGGAGGUUCUCAUGUACUGGUGUGUGUAGCUAACAGUGCCAGCCUAAGCAGAGCUGCACCCUUCCAAAUCCACUGAUGUCAGUGGGCUUAGAAGGGAUCAACUCUGCUUAGGAUGGCACUGUAACACUAAAUUUGGCUACACUUGCAGUUUCAUUCUAAGCAAUCAUUUAAUUGGGAAUCUGUUGUUUUGGGAGUAAAGUUGCUAAAAGGAAAGCAUGACAGUUUUAAUUAAACAACUUCACACCUAGUGCUGCCCUAAAUUUCUACCUGAUGUCCUGAGCUUUUUAAUUGAAAUUCAAGAGCAAGUAGCAAAAAAAUGGUCAUGGUUAUCUCAUGUAUUUCAUAGGUCACUAUUAUUUGCACUAGGCCAAGAGAAAUGGAUGGUCUGGAACGUGAACCCUGAUAUUUUUACUUCAAGAGCUGUUAUGCAGACCAAAGACUGAGUUUCCAAAGGUAGAAGGAAAAGGGCACAGUUCCUUAGAGGAAGAAUCUCUGCUUGACAUUUUCUUCCACCUUAGAAUGUUUAUAUUCCAUCAGUUUUACAAAUAAAUGAUCUGCAGUUCAUUCUAUUCUCUUUUUGGCCCUCUUUAAUUAAAAAAAAUAAGAAGAUACCUUUGGACAAAACUAUUUGGUGACACGCAUCAGUGACUACUGAUUUUCAACUCUUUUUUCUGUUUUCUAGUGACCAUUUUACAGCUUUACAGUAUGUACACUCAGCAAUAAGUUUCACUGAGUUGAAUGAUGUGUUUCGGAUUUGCAGGUGAAUGUUAACAAUGCAUAUAUGAUAGCAUUACAGAAAAAACCCUACUUUUAGUUGUUUUUCUUAGCUGCUGCUUGAAAGAAGGAAAAGUAAACUAGUUAUGAAAUGUAUUAUAUUGUCAGCAUAAUAAUACUUCCUUUUCAAAUGGCAAAUUCAUUCAACAAAAUUCAUCCAGCACAUACACAGCUAUUAAAAAUCUUCGUAUAAGAAGACUCCUUCUUUACAUUACUUUAUACUAGUGGUAAUGAUGUUCUUUUUAGGAAUCUGCUACCAUAGCUCAUGGUAAUAGCAUAAAGAAUGGUAUACAAAAAGUUAAGGUCUGAGGAUUUUUAAAGAUACCUUGAAAUAGUAUUUUAAAAUUCAUAAUACUGCCUAGAAAUCCUGUACUGUGAGCUCAGUGUAUAUAUAGUUCAAUGAUCUACAGCAAUGUUAAAUAUAUUUUCUUAGAUUUUAUGAUUACUUCAUAAAAUAUUUUGAUAAAUAACAUAUAUAGAUGUGUGGGGUUUUUUUCAUUAUAUUUGCAGUAUCAUUCAGAUAUAUCAAAUUUAGAUUAACAGUAUCUGCUUCUUAAAAAAUGUAUUAAGGAAAUGAAGAAAGCCCACAAAGUAUCUUUUAUCAAACCCUCACGUUGGGUCUCAUUUAAAUUCUAUGCAUGGAAAUGUGGCUUCCCUGCUUUCCAACUGCAGCUUGGAAUGUCCCCCCAAAUGCUGCUCCUGGGGAUCAGGGGACUACGGAGGGGGGAGUUGAAGGGCUGCUGCAGCAGGGAAAGAAUCAGCUAAAAUUACUUCCCGGCCUUGUUCCUGUGGAAUCUUUUCCAUGGGAUCCAACCUUUUGUUCCACGUUUCCUUGACAUGAUAAAGUCUUAGUGGAUCAUCUAAGAAAUAGUGGCUUGUGGCUGUUCAUAUUUCAGCAGAAUCAAUCAGCAAAGCUAUUUUUGGACUACUGGUUUUGGCAGUGGAGAGGAUCUUUUUCAUGUUUGAAUGCUCUAACACUUUUAAAAAUAUCACUACAUGUAGAAAACAUGGUCAAAUUAGCCUCAUUCUUUAUAUAUUAGUCUUUCUUUUUAACUUCUUGAAUGCAGCCCAAAGUGAUUUCCAUAGUACAUGGAAAUAUAGUAUAGCCAGAUAAAGGGUGGAUCCCUCGUAGAAUUUGUGUGCGUGCAAGGAGGGGAAGUGAGUUUCUUCCCUCCUACAGUAUCCUCCCCAAAAUGUUGCUCCUGGGAGAUAGGAGAUCCCCCAGGAAUAGUUUGGGGGUGGUGGUGGAGGAAUUGGCUAAAAUCAAUACCACUCUGUGCCUGUAAAAAUUCUAGGUGGGAUCAACGCCAGAGCCUAAACACAGUAACACAGGAAGUUCCUGUCUGAAUACAGUUUUACGUAUGAAGCCUGAAGAAACACCUAGUCUUGACAGAAUAGGUAUAUCCUUUCUCCAACUGCAGCCAUAUUCUUCCAAGAACAAGGUAGCAGUAUACUAGUAGAAUCCUAAUAAGGGUCUCCACUGGUUGGUUUUAUUCCCAGCCUCUGGCAAUUUGUUUCUGCUGCACACAGAUUAAUCAGCAAGUAAAUAUGCUGUGCUCAUCUCCUUUAGUGAUGGUUGAAAUGGCUGUUUUCAUAUACAGCCAAAUUAUUAACAGCCUGAUUCCAAGAGUUCUUGUUUGGAAGAACAUUCAGUUUAAAUUAAUGGGGCUUCUGCAUCAAUAUAUCUAGAAUCAGGAUAUAAAGUAACUGAAAUUGAUUUGAGAGCUUUGUUAAAAGGUAUUAUAUAAAUCAUGUAUGAAUUGUAUGAGGGUAUAAAAUUCUAGGAAGAAUACCUGUUCAGUUUAAGAGCUAAGGCUUUUACAAAAUAACUCAUGUUUAAAAAAACAUGGAACCAUUAAAUAGGGUAUACGUUAGAAAGAAAACAUGACAGUCUCUUGCAUGGUGCUCGCUGACAUCUCUAUGUGUCUUGAUUACACCUGCAUGUUGCCUUGGCCUUUCAACUGUUGUUUUCCCUCUGCAGGUUCAAGGCAUCUCUGCUAUGUAUGUUUUUAAAGAAAGAGUUAGCUUAUUUGUUGAAAUUAAUGAAAAGGAAUGUCCAUUGCAGUUAUGAAAUAAAUCCUAC